AUGACAACUUCUUUACGUACUGUGCCAAAUAGACUUUCAAAAACGAUCCAUCAGACAAGUAAAUGGGGCGCAAAAUACAAAUGGGGUCCACAAGAAACUGAAACUGGGAUGUGUCGUCUCAGUCUCUCUCAAGAAGAUAAAAAUGUUCGUGAUUGGUUUGUUAAAGAAACAAAGAGUUUGGGAUGCGAGGUUAAGAUAGACCAAAUCGGUAAUAUCUUCGCCAUUUAUCCUGGACAAAAAAAAGGUCCCCCAACAGGUAUCGGAUCACAUCUAGAUACUCAGCCUACUGGAGGUAGAUAUGAUGGUGUACUAGGCGUUCUAGCAGGCUUAGAAGUUUUAAGAACAUUCAGGGAUAACAACUAUACUCCUCAAUAUCCUGUUGCUGUUGUGAAUUGGACCAACGAAGAAGGUGCAAGGUUUCCAAAAUCAAUAAUGGCCUCUUCUGUUUGGGCCGGUGUAUCUAGUCUGAAAGAUAUAUAUGCUAUCAAGUCAAUUACCGAUGAAAAGCCAGUAACAGUUUUAGAGGCUCUAGAAAGUAUCUCAUACAAAGGUAAAACACAAGCCAAUUGUAAUGAAAAUCCACUGAAAGCUCAUUUUGAAUUGCAUAUUGAGCAAGGUCCUAUUUUGGAAAAGGAGACUAAAAAAAUUGGUGUCGUUACUAGUGCCCAAGCCUAUUCAUGGAUUGGUGUUAACCUAAAAGGGAGAGCCCAACAUACUGGUACCACUCCUAUGGACAUGAGGGCCGAUCCAUUUUUGACUGCGGCAAAGAUGACAAUGGCUGUUAACGAAAUUGCUGAGAGACAUCUGGGUCUUGGUUCCGUCGCUGAACUUCAUAUUUCACCAAAUGUUGUGAAUGUUAUCCCUAAAACUGCAGAGUUCAUCAUAGAUAUCAGACAUGCCACUGAUGUUGGUCUGGAAAACAUCGAAAACGAUAUUAAAAGAGCUCUUGAAAAUAUCGUUUCUGAUACCGAAGUAAUUCUAGAAUUCAAAAGGUUAUUUCAUAACGACGCUGCACAUUUCGACAAAUCAUGCAUUGAUAUCGUUCAAGAAAGUGCUAGCAUGAUUGUGGGUGAGAACAAAACUAUUAAAAUGCUAUCUGGAGCUGGCCAUGAUUCAUGCUCAACAACAAAUGCAAAUGUUCCAACUGCUAUGAUAUUCAUUCCAAGUAAAGGCGGAAUCUCACAUAAUCCGACGGAAUACAGCUCACCGGAAGAAAUCGAAAACGGGUUCAAAGUAUUAUUAAAUACUAUCAUAACAUAUGAUGCAAGACGUACAAUGUAA